AUGUUUGGCGAAGCAGAUGAGACCCUGCGGGUGUUGGAAGUGCUCACGGGUGGCGAUCCCUACAUCGGAGGCGUGGCGGUGGGCGCUGGGGUGAAGUGCCCGAUCAGAGCUCACACCAAGUAUACACUGAGGAAUCUUACGGUCAACUUGGAGACUUUCCCCAACGUGUUCCCCUUUGAGAAGGGCCGCAUCAACUUCUGCUUCAACAGGACCAGCGACUGGGAGCCAAUAGCCGAGGGGGUUCUGCACUUGUCCUUCUUCAACGGCGCCAAAGGCAGGAAGCAAGGC